AUGUUGAGAGAUUUCAAGUUUCUUCGACGGAAUGCGAAGAACAAUGAAGAAAUCGAGAAUGUACCAGUAAACCCUAGAGAUUCACUAGCGAGUCAAUCAAGUACUGACUCAACUCGGCCACCAUUGAAUACAAUUCAAGACCCAGCUCCAAACCCUAGACAUGAUAAAACCCCAAAGAAGCUCAAGGUUCGAAACCCUGAGCCUCAUCGUACGCCGGACAAGGUGUCUAAGUAUCGAUUUGGAUGGGCUCAGAGGAAUGAGUCUAGUAGUGGUAGUGUGAUUAGUAAUGAAUCGCGUGAUGAGGUGAGGACUGAUUUUAGGGAUUUGAGUAAAGGUGGUGGUGGGUUUGGGGGUUUGGGGUCAAAUGUGACGCCGAGGGGGAAUAAGAGGGCGCAUUCGGAGAGUACUUCUACGCAAAGUACGCCGUCGAAGAGUGUUGUUUCCAAGCCGCCUGUGAAUUCGGGGUUUAGGGGUGGGAGAGGUGGUGAGGGUGGGCGUGGAGGUAGUGUUGCUGCAUUGUACAGAGGGGUUCCCGUUUCGGGUGGUUUGGGAGGGACUACGAUUGUUAAUAGCGUUGAAGUGCCUCAUUUUGAUCUGAAGGAGAAUCCAUCAUUCUGGAUGGAGCAUAAUGUACAGGUUCUUAUACGUGUACGUCCACUCAAUAGCAUGGAGAGGAGUAUGAAUGGUUACAACAGGUGUUUGAAGCAAGAAAGUGCUCAGAGCAUCACUUGGAUUGGUCAACCAGAAACUCGAUUCACAUUUGACCACGUAGCAUGUGAAACAGUUGAUCAGGAAAUGCUUUUUAGAAUGGCUGGUCUUCCUAUGGUAGAGAAUUGCUUGUCUGGUUACAAUAGCUGUAUGUUUGCCUAUGGUCAGACAGGAAGUGGGAAGACAUAUACAAUGCUUGGUGAAAUGGACGACUUAGAAAUGAAGCCCAGUCCAAAUCGUGGAAUGACACCACGAAUAUUUGAAUUCUUGUUUGCAAGGAUACAAGCUGAAGAGGAAAUUCGCAAGGAUGAAAGACUGAAAUACAAUUGCAAGUGCUCAUUCUUAGAGAUUUACAAUGAACAAAUUACAGACCUCCUUGAUCCCUCAUCUACCAAUUUGCUUCUGCGGGAGGAUGUCAAGAAGGGUGUCUAUGUAGAAAAUCUCUCAGAAUUUGAAGUUCAAACUGUUAGCGAUAUUUUGAAUCUUUUGACCCAGGGUUCCCUGAAUAGGAAAGUUGCAGCAACAAAUAUGAACAGAGAGAGCAGCCGCUCGCAUAGUGUAUUUACAUGUGUAAUUGAGAGCAGGUGGGAAAAGGAUUCCACAACUAACCUAAGGUUUGCAAGACUAAAUCUUGUUGAUCUUGCUGGUUCAGAAAGGCAGAAGAGUUCAGGAGCAGAGGGUGAGCGCUUGAAGGAAGCUGCAAACAUUAAUAAAUCGUUGUCCACAUUGGGUCAUGUAAUUAUGAUUCUGCUGGAUGUGGCUCAUGGGAGGUCAAGGCAUGUCCCUUAUAGGGAUUCAAGAUUGACCUUCCUUCUUCAGGACUCACUUGGUGGAAACUCAAAAACAAUGAUCAUUGCUAAUGUUAGCCCUUCUAUCUGCUGUGCAGCUGAAACACUUAAUACUCUGAAAUUUGCUCAGCGAGCAAAACUUAUUCAAAACAAUGCUGUGGUUAAUGAAGAUUCCACUGGAGAUGUCAUUGCACUACAGCGUCAGAUACGGCUUCUAAAGGAGGAGCUCUCAAUCCUAAAACGUCAGAAUGUCUCCAGGUCGUUGUCAUUUGGUUCAAAUGGAAAAGAUAAAAUGCAAGAACAAGGUCAAGCCUCAAGAGAAUUCAUGUAUGACACGGAUCAACAGCAUGUUGAUGAUUUGUGUGGAGUUGGAGGCAAAGGCAUUGUUAGAAUGUCUACUAAGCAGUUGAAGUCUCUGGAGACUACUCUUGCUGGCGCAUUGAGAAGAGAGCAGAUGGCUGAGACUUCCAUCAAGAAACUUGAAGCUGAAAUUGAGCAACUGAACCGUUUGGUUCGUCAAAGAGAGGAAGACACCAGGAGCACAAAAAUGAUGCUCAGAUUUCGAGAAGACAAGAUCCAAAGAAUGGAGUCACUGGUUGGUGGCUUGUUACCUCCCGACACUUAUUUGGUGGAAGAGAACCAAGCACUCUCUGAAGAGAUUCAAUUGAUUCAAGACAAAGUAGACAAAAACCCUGAAGUAACUCGCUUCGCAUUGGAGAACAUAAGGCUGUUAGACCAACUCAGAAGAUUUCAAGAAUUCUAUGAGGAGGGGGAGAGAGAGAUACUCUUGGAUGAAGUAUCUAAACUGAGAGAACAGCUUCUUCAAUUUCUCGAUGGGAAAUUUAUGCAGCAAAACCUUCCAAAUGCCAAUGGCCAACCUCAGGAAGCUAUGCGCACAAACAAGGAAAACGAUUCUCUACACCCAGAGUUGAAUAACACCCUCAAUGAAUUAGAGGAGUGCAGGCGUAAUCUAAAUUCUUGCUUGGAGGAAAACCAAAAAUUAAGCAGAGAAAUAAAUGAUCUACAGUAUAUGCUAGAAAAUCUCAGAUCUACAACCCAUGUCCGAGACGGUGACAUUAAAACAAUAAAGGAUUCCUUAGGAGCUCAAACUUGUGAAACUGUCAUGCUUGAUGGAGUUCAGAAUAAGUUGGAAUGCAUGGAUGCUGCUUCAGUGAUGAAACAUGCAGAAGGAAUCUUGGAUUUACAGCUGGAACUUGAUAUAUUGAAGAUUAUUCUCAAAGAAGAGAGAUCAACUCAUGAAGACAUAAAGGAAAGGUCUAUAUACUCAACUAGAGAACUUGAGCAGGCAAAAGAACAACUUAACUCUAUAACCAAACAAUGUGAAGAUGCAACUCGUGAACUGAAGGAGGCUAAGUUAGUUGCUGAAGCUCUUGAGUCCCAGCAAAUACUAGCAAUCAAUGAGAUGGAAGACUUGAGGAAAAGUAAAAUUCAUCAUGCAAAGCUUUUGAGUGAAAAGGAGCUUGAAAUAAUGGCUCUGAAGGAGCAAAUUUCUGAAAAGGAGUCAAGAGAUCUCCCAUCCAAGCAUUCAGAUGGUGAGGACUCAAUUUUACUGAAAAAGUUGAUGAGGAUGCAAGAUUCUCUUGAGACGGCCAAAAGAUUGAAUAUUUUGUACCAAAACGAUCAUGCAUUUCAGGCAUCUAAUGAAGUAGAAAUGGACAAAGUUCGUCGGCAGGCUGAAGCUGAAACUGCCGAAGUUAUUGUCUGCAUGCAGGAAGAGCUUUCCAUCCUUCAGAAUCAGGUCCAUGAUUGCUACUUGAAAGAGACAGAGACUAAAAACAUUGUAAUGCUUUUGGAAACUGAGUUACAAGAGUUGCGGGAAAAGUUGUAUGUUUUAACUAAAGAAAACUGUGGCCUAAACAAAAUGCUCGAGGGAAAAGAUGGGGAGCUGAAAAAGGUAUCUGAAGAAUGGGAAUUGCUGGCAUGUGAGGUUGAAGCAGUUCUUGCUGAUGGACAAGAGGCAAUCACAGAUGCCUUUGAUCAGCUAGACCUUAUUUCUAGUUCCUUCCCUGAGAAGAGGAUUUGGAUCUCCGAACAAGUUGGCAGGUUGAUUAGAAUCAUAUCUGAGAAGGAAUUACUAAUCGAAGAACUUGGAAAAUGUCUAGAGAAUGCUAACAAUAAACGAAAUGAUGUAGACUGCAUGCUUAAAUCUCUGAGAGGAGCAGCACUGGUAAUAAAUGAAGCACACCAGCAGGAGUGCAACGAAAAGGAGGAAGAAAUUCUCUUCUUGAAUUCUCAGUUGGCAGCAAAAAUAUCAACCAUUGUGGAGCUGGAGAAUAAAGUUAAGUUAGCAGAACGUCGUUCCAGCAAAGCAUCAGAUUGUGCAACAAUUGCUUUUGUAGUUGUGAAUAGAUUAUCAGAAGUGAAUCUCAUUAAUCUUGCUGAGUUAGACAAUAAGAACAAGCAACUUAGUGAAUCAGCAGCAAUUAGCCACAGGAAGGAAGCUCUUCUUCAUGAUCAAACCACUGCUAUCAAAGAAGCCAAGGAAGAGAUUCAGUUUUUGAGAAUGGAACAAGUGAAGUUGAAGGAGAAGUGUGCUCAACUUCAACAGAGUCUUUCUGAGGAGGAGCAACGCGCUAGUGCCAUGGAAGAAAAGCUUGAAGAAAUCGAAGAGAACGACAUUUUGAAGACAAGGGAGAAAUUAGCCGAGCUGAAAACUGGUGUAUCAUCCCUCAGGUCAUGCAUGGUCAUCCAUGGAAAGCAUGAUAGAAGUCCUGAAAUGAAUGAAAUACAAGGGGAUUGCACACUUAUUGAUGGUGGCAGUGGAUGGACAGAUGCUAGAGAGGACUUCAGAGUUGAUGUCUCCAAGUGUUCUGCUACAAUAGGAAAGAGAUCACGGAGCUCUUCCUGUGUUAUUAAAGAUGAGGAACUCAGAAAUUCCAAAGAUAUCACCGUUAUUCUUCUCAAAGGGGAAAUAGAGUCUGCUCUUGAAAGCUUGAAAGAGGUUAAAAUGGAGAUGGCUAAUCUACGUGCGGAGAAAGAAGAAAUCUGGAUGUCUGAAAAACAGAGUCAGGAAAGCAUGAAAUGUUUCACAACUCAGCUACUUGCUCUUCAGGAAGUUUUUAAUAACUUUGAAACGCAAUUUGAAAUGAAGAUAAAAGCUGUUAAUCAUAAGCUACAGGCUUUUGAACAAAUCAUCCAAGAAGCUGGGAUUCGUUGGCACCAAAACAAAGAGUUCCUUGAGAUGGAAGUUGGUGAUGCCAAGAUAGUUGCAGUACAGAAAAUGGCCGAGGCUUCUUGUAUUUAUGCGAAAUUUGAAGAGGCCCAAGAUACCAUGAAAGAAGCUGAUAUAAUGAUCAAUGAACUGAUGAUAGCUAAUGAAGCAAUGAAGCUUGACAUGGAAAAGCUGAAACAAAUUGAAGUUACAUUAACCAAUGAGAGGGAUAUGCUAGAUAAUGAGGUUCAGAGCUUGCAAUCUCUCAAUGUGCUCAAGGAUCAGCAAUUUGAAGAUCUUGAAAUGCAGUUUGGCUCAGACUUAAUGGAAACAAGGGAUCUGGUUUUGCAGCUAGAGGGUGUUGUUUCGCAGGUCCAGACCACUUUCAAGAACUUCACGUCUAUGGUGUGUGACUUCCACGGCUUGAAGGCGCUGGUUUUAGACUCUGGAAAAUUGGUGCAGUCAUGGCUUGAAGAUGUUUGGUCUGAGAUAAUAGUAAAAGAUUCUGCUGUCUCAGUACUACACCUGUGUCACAUGGGCAUUUUGUUAGAAACAGUAACAGGGUUGAAUGCAGAAAAUGGUUUGCUUCAACACGGCUUGUGUGAAUCAAACUCGCUUAUAACUGACCUCCGAGAGCGCAAUUCUAAGACAAGUGGCGAGCUUCAAACAUGCAGAACCCUGAAGGGGAAACUGCUGGCUGACAUCAAGAACAGUUUUGAUCGGAUCUUGAGGAAAGAAGAGGAAACUGGGAGGUUUGGUCUUAAGCUAACUACUUUUGAUAAAAAGAUCUCUGACCUACAGCUUCAAGAGGAGUUGAUGUUACAGAGGUCUAAUUACAUGGGUUCUCAGCUUGCUAUUCUAAUGAAGGAGUUGGACUCGAAUAACACAAAUGUUAUUGAAUCCCUCUUCAAUCAAGAGAAAAUGCUGAAAGAUACAGAGGAACUUCUGAAUUCUCAGACUGAGCUUUUUAUGAUGGAUUUGUGCUCAAAAGACAUUGAGGCAUUCAUCUUAGUAUCACAGCUAGAGGAGGUUUCUCUCAGAAAAGUUUUAGCGGAGAGAGAGCAUAUCAACUGUUGCUCUAUCUUUGAGAAAUUAAAGAAUGAAAUAAUAUUUUCCAAUGUAGACGCUGAGUUGAAGGAGCAUCUCUUAAUGGACAAGGAAGCUGAUGUUUUUCUACUGCAAAAAAAAGUUCAAGAGGCACAUUGGGAGGUUCAGGAUUUAUUGUCAAGUCUAAACUCAAGCAAUUUAAGACUUGUAGAGAUGGAUGGAAUCAACAGGGCUCUUGAAGAGGAAAUUCAACUGCUGAAGGAUGUUGCUUGUUCCAAUGAUAGGUUGAGAGGCGAACUUGGUGAUGUCAUGACAAGUAAGAUGAGAUUGUUAAGCCGGAUUCAAGAAGUUGAAGCUGAAUGCGAUGAACUGCAAAAGAAUUUGAAGAGCAAGGAAGCAGCUUUGGAAAUCUCUUCUAGUCACACUGCUGUCAUUAAUCAACAAAAGCAAGAAUUGCAGAAGAGUGUUUGCCAAUUGGAAACAUCAUCAAGCAAACUUCAAACUGAUCUGGAAUUGAAAGAUGUAGAGCUCAGAAGAAUGAAUUGGUUGGAAGAGGAAAACAAGUCUCUAAAGGAUGAGGUCUUGAAUUUGAAGACUGAAAAGAGCUUGGUUCUACAAGACUUGGAGAAAAAGAAAUCUGAAGUUAAGUCAUCUCUAAGCCAGAUGGAUAUGGAGCAUGAUAGGCUGCAGGACAGAAUUUUCUCUUUGGAGAGUGUCAUUGCCAGUCUACAGACGGAUAUGGAGAUAAAAAGUGCAGAGGUAAAUGAACUCCAGAACUCUCAAUCUCUUGCUACAGCAGAUUUAUGCUCAAAAAGCCAAGAUUUGGAAACUCUUAACUCCAAAGUGAAUACAUUAAAGGAUGAGAACAUUCUUUUGAGAAAUAAAAUUAGGUCUCAUAAGAAAGUUUUGCAUGAAGCCCUCACUGAGUCAGCUUUGAAUGUGGCAAAGUAUGCUGAUUCCGUGGAAAGUGUACACUCAACCGGUCACAGGUUAUUUAACGUAGUGGAGAGAGACUGUUUUAUGCUUGCAGAUAAAAUGUUUCGUGAGAUUUGUGAAAAUAUAGAGGGGACAUCUAAGUUCAUAAAAGAGAUCGAAUACUUGGAAUGUCGUGCUGCUGAGCUGGUGUCUGACAACAUGAGUCUCCAGACAGAGUUAUUGAGGAAGGAUGAUAUUCUAAAAGGAUUGUUAUUUGAUCUGAGCCUGUUGCAGGAAUCUGCAUCUAAUAAUAAGGAUCAAAAGGAUACGAUCGAGGAAGUGAUGUCUUCUAUGGAGGCUUUAGAAGAUGAGCUGGUUGUGAAAUCAAGUGAACUUGAACAGGCUAUUGCUCAUAAUCAGUUGCUUGAAGCUCAGCUGGGGGAGAAGAUGGAUUUGCUAUCUAAUCUUGAGUCUGAUUUUGCUAAGGAGCGCAUGUCCCUAGAAAGGCUUUCUUGUAAAAAUCUGGAGCUGAGAGCUCAAAUUCAAGAAGCCUUGGCUGCAAAAUGUUAUCUUGAGGAGGAGUUAACUGAGAAAAGGAAUUUGACUGAGAGCUUAGAGACAGAACUCUCACAAACGGGUGAUGCUCUUGGAGAAAUGAGUGAUACUAUUGAAUCUUUAAAGAGCCAUCUGAAUGAACUUACUAGUGAGAGAGAUCAGCUUCAGCUGGAGAUGCAUAGUUUAGAAGAAAAUCUAGAAAGCACGAAGGCUUGGGCUGAAGAAACUGAAGCUAUUGCACUAGAGGCCCAACAGAUAGCUGAAUCCAGAAAGAUCUAUGCUGAGGAAAAAGAAGCAGAGGUGAAGCUACUUGAGAGAUCUGUCGAAGAGCUAGAAUGCACCAUUAAUGUGCUAGAAAACAAGGUUGACAUUCUUAAAGGAGAAGCGGAACGCCAAAGAUUGCAGAGAGAAGAGCUUGAAGAUGAGCUUCAUUCUGUAAAACAUCAGAUGCAAAAUGUUAAAAGUGUUGACACUGACAUGAAAAGGUAUUUGGAGGAGAAGGAUAAAGGCCUAGAAGAAGCACUGAAGCGUAUACAAAUACUCGAAAGGAAUAUAUCUGACAAGGAUGCAGAGAUUUCCCAGUUCAAGGCACAUAUCGCUGAGCUAAAUUUGCAUGCUGAAGCACAGGCUAGUGAGUAUAAGCAGCAGUUCAAGGCAUUGGAAGCCAUGGUUGAACAAGUAAAACCUGAGGGCCAUAUCUCCCAUAGCACGAGCUCUUCAUCAAACAAGUCAGAGAAAAAUGCUGCCAGAUCCAGGGGUUCUGGUUCCCCUUUCAAAUGCAUUGGUUUGGGCUUGGCUCAGCAAAUAAAAUCUGAGAAGGAUGAGGACCUUGCUGCAGCAAGGCUGCAUAUUGAAGAUUUAGAAUCCUUAGCAGCUAAUCGACAGAAAGAGAUAUUUGCCUUAAAUGCCAGAUUGGCUGCUGCUGAGAGCAUGACCCAUGAUGUAAUCCGAGAUUUGCUAGGAGUAAAACUGGAUAUGACAACUUAUGUGUCACUGUUAGAUGAUAAACAAGCGCAGAAGAUUGCAGAAAAGGCACAACUUGGUACCUUGAUGCCUCAAGUAAAGGAGGAGGAAGUUAUCAAGCUUAAGCAGCAGCUCAAUGAAUUUAUUAAUGAGAGGCGAGGUUGGCUAGAGGAAAUUGAUCGUAAACAGGCUGAGCUGGUUUCUGCCCAAAUAGCACUGGAAAAGCUUCAUCAGCAGGAUCAGUUACUUCAAACUGAAAAUGAAAUGUUGAAGAUGGCGAAUGUAAAUCAUAAGAAGAAGGUGAUGGAACUUGAGGGAGAGGAAGAGAACAAUUCACUUAAAAUUCAGAAUGAGGACCUGAGUGCUAAGCUGCGGCGAGUGGAGAUCAAUCUUUCACGUGUCAAAGAAGAGCUUGCCCAUUGUCGUGCUUCAAUAGGGAAAAGUCCAUAUAUAGAUUUUGAUGGGGAACAAAGGUUAAUGAACAAAUUGAAGGAAACUGAAGAUGACAAGGUACAAUUAGCACAGAAAUUACUGGGCGUGUGUACUAGCAUUCUGAAGGCAGCUGGAAUAACAAAACCUAUAUCUAGUAUAACCCCAGCUAUUGCUGAAGAGGCACUUGAGCAGCUAAAAAACAGACUUGCUUCGUUGGAAAGAGAACUGCAAGAUUUGACAUUUAAGGCUUAA